UGCGCAGACGCUCUUUACUCUGUUUGUUUGUUGUUACUUCCGUAGCCUGUCUAGCUAGGCUAACACCACAGGGGACUGGAACCAUAAAACCUACUCACACACACCCACUUGAUAACAGUUAUUUUAAGAUGUCCACCCCGCUGCUCCUCAGGGCUUUCGUUAACGAGCGGCUGACAGCUGCUGCAGAGGAAAUAUUUGAGGUUUUUGAACGAACGAUAGCAAAAUAUGAAGAAGAAGCUUCCAGCUCUCAGCAGGAGAUUGAGCGUCUCAGAGGACUGCUGCUGGAUUUAGUUUCAAACCAGAAAACAGAGAUCUCUCAAUCGUUGGUUUGUAAAGAGGAAACUCCCCCUGAGCAGCAACACUGUGAGCAGGAGUCGAGUCUCAGCGUCUGUCAGAGGGAACCAGAACCCCGACAAGUCAAGGAGGAAAAUCAGGAACUCUGGACCAGUCAGCAACAAGAAGAUCAGGUUCAGGAGUUUAAGGAGGCUGAUGUCCUGUACCUGCCGCAUUCCUCUGCUUGGGGACAAAAUGAGCAGGAGGACACGAAACCGUCUUUGCAGCCUCAGACUCAGAUCGGUGAAAGUGAGGAGCAGUUUCAGGAGUUGCAGGAAACAGAAGAGGCACACUUCAUGCUACCUCUGUCUUCACAACCUCUGAUCCAAAAUGAAAGUGCCCAAGAUGGAAGAGAAAGGGCAAAUCACACACAGACAGAACAAAGUCAGAUCUGUGCUAUCUCUGAUUCAUCUCAUUUGAAUUCAGUUAUACCCAACUUUCACUGUUAUCUCUGUGACAAAUCUUUUUCCUCCAAUCAUCACUUGAUAAAUCACGCUUUCCGCAUGCAUUCGAAGGACGCAGGUGUCCUCUGCGCCGUGUGCGGAAAGACCUUGGAGGCCACCGAAAGUCUUAGCGUGCACCUUAAAUCACACAAGGGCUCGAAAUGUUGUCACGUGUGCGGUAAACAGUGCAACAGUACGACCAUCCUGACUGAGCACAUGGCCAGCCACGCCGGGGUAAAACUACAUCGCUGCCAUGUUUGUGGGAAAGAGUGCAGCCGGAAAGGGGAUCUGAAGAUACACAUGAGGAUCCACACGGGUGAGAAACCUUUCCGCUGCUCUCACUGUUUUAAAAGUUUCACCCACAGCGGACAUCUGAGGAAACACAUGCGAAGCCACACAGGAGAGAGACCGCACCAGUGUGAUGUCUGCGGCAGAGGGUUUCUACAGAGUGCACACCUGAAAUACCACUUACGGACUCACGCUCGGAAAUACUGACUGUUUUCUAAAUAUUUUUUGGGGGGGGGGGGGGGGAUUUUAUGCCUUUUAUUAUAGCGACAACGGAGAGAGUCGACAGGAAAUGAAGGAGAGAGAGAGAGAUUGGGUGGUGACAUGCAAUAGAGGUCUGCUGCCGUAAUCGAACCGCGGAUGUUGCAAUUAUGUGGCAGGCAUCUUAAGCAGUAGGCUACAGAAAUAUUGACUGUUUUUAUGCACCUGAGGUACUUUACAUGUUCCUCUUCACUGUUAACAUAACCUGUGUUGUUGUGGGAACUCAAUAGCAACUAACAGGAAUGUGCUUUUUUCUCAGUAGAGUCACUAUUUUGAUUAAUAACACUGCUGUUAACAGGAAAGAUAAACACUAUUUGAAUGAUGUUAAA